AUGCCAGUAGAGGUUCUAAAAUUCCUACACAUAGGUCGUGGGAUAUAUUCCUCCACUAAUGAAGUUUUCUUACAUUGUAUAGAGCUUCUAUUGACACUGACUUCGCGUAUGAAUUUAUGCCAGAAUUUUAUGAAAUUUUAUGAAGGUUUAAAUCGUCAAUAUCUUACACAACCGCGUAAGUGUUUCCCAAAAAACACUGUUGUUACGACCAAAAACAACAAGACAUAUUUGGACGAGUUGGAGGAUGGUGAUUACGUCCUUGCUUGGGAUGAAGACAAACUGGACUUUACCAGAGUAUGGUGUAAAACUCACCAUAUUGAAGAUGUAAGAUCCCAGUAUCUUCAAAUUGACACAGAGACAAAGAGACUGGAAAUAAGUCAUCGUCACUUUGUGCUCUUUAAAGAUGGAGAUAAAAAGGACUUCAAGAAAGCCGAAGACGUAAAGAUCGGAGAUGUGUUGUAUGUUUUGGAUGUUGAUCAGCUGAAAGUGAAUGAAGAGGAGGUGAAGGCUAUAGAAGAAGUGGAAUGUGAAGGGGUCUACAAUGUAUUUACUGAUUCCGGCCGCAUUAUUGCUAACGGAAUAUUCUGCAGUGUAUAUUCGGAAGUUCAUCCAAAUCUUGUACACCCAAUGUUGGCGCCAUUGAGAGCAGCUCAUUCUAUCAUGCCUACUGUUGUAAUGAAAAAAGUAAUGGCUCCCAAUUCAGAAGGCCAACCCCAUGUUAUUAAGUACGGGGGCGACAUUUUGAAGCCUGUUGCUAAAUUAUUGUAGAUGCCAAGCUGUGCUGCUGCUGAUUGUAAAGGCCAAACAAUUUAAUUUUUUUUUUCGCUUUUAUUGUGUUUAGUUACUUUACUUUCUGUUCGACUUCACAAUAUAACUUUAAUUUCGUUCUAAGAUUUGCUUUACCAGCUGGUAGAGGCUAUAUUUUCAGCCACGCAUAUUCCUGUUCAAAAUUUAACAAGCAAUUCUGUGGGAUUUAGAAGGUCUACAAACUAUAUACGGACACAAUGUCCUUCUGUUUUUGUUUUCUAAUGUAACAAUAAAUCUGCACAAUACCGGACACCAUCUUCACAAUGUCAAGAUAAUAGUUCAUACUUAUAUCUUAACUGCAAUAACCACUAUUCUUGUAUCACGGAACGCAUCGAUUUGAUUGGAUUGUACGCCAGUGAAUACAGCCAGAGCCUCAAUAGAAAAGUUGUAAACAUUAUGGCUUUGUGCUCGUAUGCUUCUGAUUGGCGGUAUUUGGUAGAAUGCAAUCCAAUCAAAUCGCUACAUUUACAUUUCUAUGAUACCAAAAAAGUGACUAUUGAAGUCAAGGUAUAAGUAAGUAGUUCGUAAUAGCUUUACUUUGUAAAGUAAUUAUUGUUCUGUUCCCUUUCAUAAAAUUGUCAAUUAUAAGUCAAGUCUUUCGAUUUGAAAGCGUGGCAACUCUAUUGAUCAUUAUUAAUUUGUUAUCAAUUGGAUCAAAGUCAUGAAAAAAACCAAUGAACUUUCUCAAGUCGUAGACAUUUCAUUAAUUGUUUGUGUAUUUUGAUGUAUUGGCUUUUUGUGUUAGAUAUAAUGGGACCAAAGUAUUAUUCAUUUUGUAACAAAACAUCAAAGUAUUUAUUGCUUAAUCAUAACAUUAUCCAUAAAGUUAGAGUGGUAAAUCAGUUAUUUUUAUGUGAAUUUGAAAAUCAUCAUCAAAGCAAUAGUAAUUUUUCUUUAGAUAUCUGACACAAAACUUUCCAAUAAUAAGACUAAUUUCAAAUAGAUAAUAUAUGCAAUAAAAAAUACCUAAUAAACAAUAUUUGCUAUGUGGACUCUCUGAAAGAGAUGU